AAAAUUCGGAAGGAGAUCGCUAUUAUGAAGAAGUUAAGGCACCCUCAUGUUGUUCGGUUGUAUGAGGUUAUAGAUGAUCGAAUGAAGGAUAAAAUCUACAUGGUUAUGGAGUACCUUGGUGGUGGAGAGGUAAAAUGGAGGAAUUCGGACGACCAACCUGUCUUGACGGUUGUUCAAACACGUCGAAUUAUCCGUGAUGCUGUCCUUGGCCUCGAAUAUCUACAUUACCAAGGAAUCAUACAUCGGGACAUCAAGCCCGCAAACUUAUUGUGGACAGACGAUCGUCGCAUGGUCAAGAUUGGCGACUUUGGCGUGUCUCACUUUUCCUACGCCCAACGGCUGGCUGCUGCGGGCGCGGAAGGCGCGCAGGGUGAUCCUCAUGACCCGAUUCUUCUCGACGAUUCCGAUCUGACGAGAAGAGCUGGCACGCCAGCUUUUUUGGCUCCGGAGAUCUUUUCUUCGGGGGCGACUUCCUCGACGAUUCAAACACCUCAAUCGCCAGCAUCUUCGACUCCUAACCGUCCUCCAAUAACGAAGGCUAUCGAUAUUUGGGCUCUUGGGGUCACGCUGUACUGCCUCCUCUUCGGGAGAACACCAUUUUCGCACAGUUCUGAGUGGAGCCUCUAUAACUCCAUCUGCAAUGAU